CAAAUCAUUCUAUUGCCACGUGUCGAGAAAAACCAUCGAUGGCGCCAACGAACAAAAAUCUUCAUCACUGAGAUUCCUUCCUUACUCAAAAAUCAAUGGAGCUUCACUGCUACUAUCACCAAUGGCCAUACCAAACCCUAACAAUGUCAUCUUCUUCAAUUCUCUGCAAUGCUCCAAAAUUCCACCAUUAUCGUCAUCAUCAUCUUCUUCUUCUUCCUAACCCUCUGCCAUUUCCAUCCAAGGGUUUUAGUUCUACUUCAAAUCGGAAGCAAAACUACCAUCGAAACACUCUCACUCCCACUCGGAGAAACCCUUUUAUCCCAAACGCAGGAGGAGGAGCUAAAGGCGCCGCCUUUGUGGUCGAUGAACCCAAAUUGGGAAAUUUUCAGGUCUUAAAGGGUUAUCCGGCGCCGCUUGGUGCUACGCUUUGUGAUGGUGGUGUUAAUUUUGCUGUUUACUCUGGCAAUGCGGCUUCUGCCACUCUUUGUUUGAUCAGUGUUUCUGAUUUGGAGGAGAAUAGAGUGAGUGAGGAGAUAACACUUGAUCCUAUUUGUAAUCAGACUGGAAGUGUUUGGCAUGUUUUUCUCAAAGGGGAUUUUAAAGAUAUGCUUUAUGGUUAUAAAUUUGAUGGUGAAUUUUCUCCACAAGAUGGGCAUUACUUUGAUCCUUCUCGUAUUGUAUUGGAUCCAUAUGCAAAGGCAGUCAUUCGUAGAGGAGAGUUUGGAGCUUUGGGAUCAGAUGGAAAUUGUUGGCCCCAAAUGGCAUGCAUGAUACCUUCUAUUGAUGACAAGUUUGACUGGGAAGGAGAUUUGCCUCUUAAAUACCCACAAAAAGAUCUUAUUAUUUAUGAGAUGCAUGUUAGAGGGUUUACGAGGCAUGAAUCUAGCGGAAUUGAAUUCCCCGGGACUUAUAUCGGUGCUGUGGAGAAGCUUGAUCACUUAAAGGAACUUGGGAUCAACUGUAUAGAGCUAAUGCCAUGCCACGAGUUUAAUGAGCUUGAGUACCACAGCUACAAUGCCAUUCAGGGUGAUUAUAAGGUAAACUUUUGGGGGUAUUCUACUGUCAAUUACUUUUCACCAAUGAUACGAUAUUCAUCCGUGGGCACACGUAAUUGCGGACGUGAUGCGGUAAAUGAACUUAAGCUUUUUAUCAAAGAAGCACAUAAGCGAGGAAUUGAGGUGAUCAUGGAUGUUGUAUUUAAUCACACAGCUGAAGGCAAUGAAAAUGGUCCUAUUUUGUCUUUUAGAGGUGCUGAUAAUAGUGCUUACUACAUGAUUGCACCUAAGGGAGAGUUUUACAAUUACUCGGGAUGUGGUAACACCUUCAAUUGCAACCAUCCUAUUGUGCGCCAAUUUAUAGUAGACUGCUUAAGAUAUUGGGUAACAGAAAUGCAUGUUGAUGGUUUUCGCUUUGAUCUUGCUUCCAUCAUGACCAGGAGUAGCAGUCUUUGGAAUGCUGUCAAUGUAUAUGGUAGUCCAAUUGAAGGCGACUUUCUCACAAUUGGCACGCCUCUUGGCAGCCCUCCUUUGAUUGACAUGAUAAGCAACGAUCCAAUACUCCAUGGAGUGAAGCUUAUAGCUGAAGCAUGGGAUACCGGUGGUUUGUACCAAGUUGGCGCCUUUCCUCACUGGGGUAUUUGGUCAGAAUGGAAUGGAAAGUAUCGAGACACAGUGCGACAGUUUAUAAAGGGUACAGAUGGUUUUUCAGGGGCUCUGGCUGAAUGCCUUUGUGGAAGCCCGAAUCUCUACCAGAAAGGAGGAAGGAAACCGUGGAAUAGUAUCAAUUUUAUCUGUGCACACGAUGGUUUUACUUUGGCGGAUCUGGUUACAUAUAACAAUAAACAUAACUUGGCAAAUGGAGAAGACAACAACGAUGGAGAGAGUCAUAAUAAUAGCUGGAACUGUGGACAGGAGGGAGAGUUUGUAAGCAUUUCUGUGAAGAAAUUAAGGAAGCGACAGAUGCGGAAUUUUUUCCUUUGCCUCAUGGUUUCCCAAGGUGUUCCGAUGAUAUACAUGGGCGAUGAAUAUGGUCAUACAAAAGGCGGAAACAACAAUACAUAUUGCCACGAUAAUUAUAUCAAUUACUUCCGGUGGGAUAAGAAGGAAGAGACCUCGUCAGACUUCUUCAGAUUUUGUUGCCUUGUGACCAAAUUCCGACAGGAAUGCGAGUCACUCGGCUUAGAUGACUUUCCAACAGCUGAGAGGCUGCAGUGGCAUGGCCAUGCUCCGGGAGUGCCAGACUGGUCCGAGACAAGUCGUUUUGUGGCCUUUAGUCUGAAAGACUCGGCGAAAAGAGAAAUCUAUGUUGCCUUCAAUUCCAGUCAUGUACCAGUUACCAUUACGCUGCCAGAGCGGCCUGGACACAGAUGGGAGCCAUUGAUCGACACUGGCAAGUCUGCACCUUAUGACAUCCUCUCUCCCGAUCUUCCAGGAAGAGAUGUCGCGUUGAGACAGUAUGCACACUUCCUCGACUCGAACAUGUACCCUAUGAUGAGUUAUUCUUCCAUCGUUCUAUUACUCUCACCGGAUGAAGUCGAAAUCAUUUGAAUCAAACUCCACGGCAUACAUGUUCAAAUCAAUGUGUAUAUAUUCUUUACUCAGAGUUUGAUUAUCAAGCAAGGUAAUGUUUAUCAUUCAAUCAAAUCUUCACCCCAUGUAUAAUAUAAUGAAUGGUCUUAAUAAAAAGAGUAGUUAAGCUAGUUG